AGCAUGAAGAGAGGUAAGGAUCAGCCUGAUGGGACCUUUAUGGGAUGACAGCUGAUCCCGCCGUGGCGCAGAUGACCGUCGGGAUCGGAUCACAUGCAACUUGUGAGCCAAGUAAUGACAGGCGGGAGAAACUCAUCUUACGUUUAAUUUUUAAACAAAAUUGAACGAUACAAAGCUAAUGGCAGAAGGGAAACGCGCACGAGCAUCCACUGGAUAGUAAAAGUUUUCUUGCUGUCGGUUUUUUUUAGUUAACGUAAGCCUUUUCAGCAACCCAGUCUAAUCGCAUUGAGGGCGUUUGUGGGGUCACACAGGUGAUGAGUGAACAUGGAGGCUGGAUCGGUGAUGCGUGCCGUGUUCGAGUUCCUUCCCAGCGUCUCUGAAGAACUCCCUCUGUUCACCGGAGAUGUCAUUGAAGUGCUCAGUGUUGUUGAUGAAUUUUGGCUGCUUGGAAUUAAAGAUGGAGUCACAGGCCAGUUUCCCAGCACUUUUGUGGAACCCGUCACAAUCCCAAGCACCAAGACCGGAGAGAAUCUGUAUGUGUGCAUCAGUGACUUUAACUCUGUGGAUGCUGGAAACUUACCACUAAAGAGAGGUGAUGUAGUUGCUGCUGAAAGCAGUGUGGAUGCUGUGUGGAUGAGAGGGCAUAAUGCAUGGGGCUCACGCGGGCUCUUCCCCAUCUCUUGCGUUAAAGAGCUGGAGCUUUCCGGGCAAUCCAGGCAGCUGUCAGAGCGCAGUGCGGCUGCCCAGGCCUCGGAGCUUCCCCCACAUGCACUGGGCCAGGCCUGUGCCCUUAUGAGCCUUCACGCCCAGCUGGACGAGGAGCUUGACUUUCGAGAGGGUGAUGUCAUCACCAUCAUAGGCCUGCCAGAACCUGGCUGGUUCCAGGGAGAACUGGACGGCAGGACGGGAGUUUUCCCGGAGGGCUUUGUAGAGCUGCUUGGACCCCUGCGCUCACUUCUAGAGGAGCCUGAACCUCAGACCCUACAUCAGUAUCCAGCUUACAGCAUGGAGGAAGAAGAGAGAAGGGAUGAGGAAAAUUCAGAAAUGGAUAUUCAACAACAGCAUGAGGAAGAAGAGGAGGAGGAAGAGGGAGCUGUAUAUGGGAUUGCGCUUUAUGAAUUCCGAGCCCUUGAGCCCAGUGAGCUGGACUUUGAUGCUGGUGAUAGGAUCCGUAUCCUCACCACGCUGGAGGAUGGCUGGUUGGAGGGGCAAAUAGGUGGCAGAAGAGGAGUUUUCCCUCAUCGAUUUGUCAAGAUACAAGGGCAGCUGCAGGUUGUCCCACAAACCGAGACAUUAAUUUGUGAAAUUAGUGUACCUGAGAGAGAAGAAGAGUGUUACAAUACCGAUAAUACCUCACCUCAACAAGAUUGCACAGUGCCAGAAUAUGGGCAGGAGUGGGCUACUCCGGAAGAUCACACAGUGUGGGACCUGGAUUACUUUGAGCGCCGGGAGGAAGAAAGAAAGGAUGAGCAGGUGUACUACAUGCACUCCGAUCAAAGUUCUCAAAGGAGAGAAAAGACUAUACAUCAAUCACAGGUUCAGUCUCAAGAAAGAAGACGAGAAAGACCCCCACUCCCUCACACACCACCCCACAGAGAAGUCCAAAGUAACAGAACAGGCAGCCCCAAUUUGGGUAAACCCCAGCUGCCCCCUAGGCCAAGUCUACACGCCCUCAGCAACCGAAAAUACAGUACAAGUUCUCACACCAGUUUACGAGAACCUCCCCCAGCACCCAUCACAAAGAAGCAAAAUCCGAAUCUGUUCACCAGAACCUCACCUAAUUCCAUUUGGACAAGAAACAGAGGUAACUAUGCAUCUCAUGACGGCAGAAGCCCCUUCAGCAGUAAAAUCUCUGCUGAUAAAAACCGGCAGAGGAAGUUAACUCGACACGCAAGUGUCAAUGAUGUGGACCUAAUGUCUGGGGGCUGCAGCGACCACUGGGCAUUGCCUCAGGAACAGGGUUCAAAUGGGUUACCAACCUCUCAGACAUUGGGGACUUUAGCUGUGUCAGCUGGAAAUCUUGAAGCCAAGCUUUCUCAACAGCUGAUAGAGUUCGAACAAAGCUUACCAGGUUGUGGCAAUGGAUUCACAGAACUGAGCCGAUGGGAGGAGGUUAGUGGUAGGAGGGGCAAUAAAGUUUCCCGCCACUUCUCUAUUAUGGACUACAGCAAUGAGCAUGACAUAAUCCAUGGUUCCUCCCACUCCUUAAUGGAAUGUCUGUUGCCCACCACUUCCUCUCCUUCUGGUUCCGCCUCCUCCUCUCUGGAGAGACGGAAAACGCUACGCCCACCUCCUCCUAGACCGCGGGUCCUUAGGCCACCAGCACCUACAAACUCGAAUUGUCCUCAAACCAAUGGACGUAUUGCUCCUCAGCCUUACAGACCUGCACGUCCAGCGCCACGACCACCUCCUCCAUGCACACGCACCAACUCUGUGAUGCCAGGCCCUCCUUCACCCACCUCCAACCCAUUCUAUAACUCGCCAGAAGAGAAAGAGACUGUUGAAGAGGUGGAAGAUGCGGAGGAUGUUCUGGAGAUGGAGAAAGAAAUUGAGAGAGAAAGAGAGAGGGAACAGGAGCAAUAUAAGUUACUCUUGAGGUUGGAGGAGGUGGAAAGAGACAUUGAUAUGUAUUCUCACACAGCCCAGGAGCUGCAGACCAUGCUGGAAGAGGAGCAGGAUGAGACUUCGAGACAACAGGCUCUUGAGAAUCUGGAAUUCUGCACAUACACCAUGGAAACACUGAUCCUGGAGCAGCAGCAGCUACAAGAGAUGACCCUGUUUGCCUCCCAGCCUAAGUCUCUGGAAUCAUCCCCAGCUUCAGCGGCCACCACUGAAGACCCUGAACAAAGGAUGCUGGAGAAAAGGUCAAAGGUCAUUGAGGAGCUUCUGCAGACAGAACAGGACUACAUCAAGGAUCUUCAGAUGUGUGUAAAGGAGAUCAUUCACCCGCUGCAGAAAAAACAGGCCCAGACUAUUGAUUUUGAUGGACUCUUUGGAAACAUCAACUCUGUAAUUGACCUUUCCUGUCGGCUUAACAAGACCCUCCAGGAUACUGACUCAAUAGGUCAAGUGUUCCUGGACUACAAAGGUGAAUUGGAGGAGGUUUACAAAAUCUAUUGCCAAAAUCAUGAUGAUGCCAUCUCUUUACUGGAGACCUAUGAGAAGGAUGAGAACAUCCAGAAGCACGUGUUGGAAUGUCUAGAGAAGCUCAGAGGGAUAUACCGUGAGUGGGGAAAGACAAACUACAUUAAUCUGGGUUCCUUCUUGAUAAAGCCAGUGCAGAGAGUGAUGCGAUACCCCCUGCUCCUGAUGGAACUGCUGAACACCACUCCUGAGUCACACCACGACAGGAAGCUGCUCGCUGAGGCAUUGAGGUCCAUUAAAGAGAUCAACGUCAAUAUCAACGAAUUCAAAAGGAGAAAGGAUCUUGUGGUGAAGUACCGCAAAGGCGAUGAAGACCGACUCAUUGACAAGAUCUCAAAGUUGAGUAUGCACUCUAUCAUCAAGAAGUCUAACAGAGUGAGCAGCCAUUUAAAGCACCUGACUGGGAUCUCAUCUCAGAUCAAAGAUGAAGCUUUCGAUGAUGCUGAGAAACGAUUCAGACUCCAGGAGCGGCUCAUCAAAUCCUUCAUCAGGGACAUCUCCCUCUAUCUGCAGCAUAUAAGGGAGUCCACCUCGGUUAAGGUUCUGGCCGCCAUCAGUUUCUGUGACAUCUACACAGAACGGCAACAGCAUGUGGACCCUGAACGGUUUCAAAGAGCUCAUCGAUGCAUUAGCGACAAACAGUUCACGGAGUUUAAGGAGAGGACAGAAGCCCUAGUCAUCACUCCCCUCACCCAGCUGCUCAAUAUGUUCGCCGGUCCCCACAAACUAAUCCAGAAACGUAGAGACAAGCUGCUGGACUAUGACAACUGUAAGGAGCGUGCAGAGAGGCUGAAGGACAAGCGUGUGCAGGAGGAGCUGCAGACGGCGAGAAAUAACUACGAAGCUCUGAACGCCCAGCUGCUGGAUGAGCUGCCCAAGUUCCACCGCGCAGCCGAGGAUCUGUUCACCAGCUGCGUGAGGGGCUUCACCCAGGCCCAGAGAGACUUCAUUGCACUCACGCUGGGAGAGCUUUCACCACUGCUGCAGCUGUCUGGUUUGGGUGGUACAGAGGGAAAUCUGGUGUCCUUGUUCCAGGAGGAGCACACCCGUGUCUUGGAUUUUCUUCAGAGCUUUAGUUUCUUUCCCGAUAAUCUUCCCACAACAACUGUACGCAAGCCUUUUGACAGGAAGACUCUGGAGAAGCAGAACUCGAAGAAACAAGGCCCUCCAAACUACGUGCUGCAGACGGAUGAGCACCGCGCUGGGCUUCUGACAAGAUACGGGCCAGAGAAACUCUACCAGGCUGAGAGAAAUUUCAACGCAGCACAGGACUUGGACGUGUCUGUACUGGAGGGAGACAUAGUGGGUGUCAUCAAGCAGCAAGACCCCAUGGGCAGCCAGAACCGCUGGCUAAUAGACAAUGGAGUUACGAAGGGCUUUGUGUAUAGCUCCUUCUUAAAGCUCUACAAUCCACGCAGGAGUCAGUCGGAUGUUUCCAUUGAGAGCCAAUCAUCAAAUGAGUCGGGCUACAGUGGAUCCUCUCCCAUGUUCUCACGGCAGAGUAGUAACAGCACUCUGACUUUCAACCAGGAGACAUCGACUGUCAGCUUCACAACGGCGACGCCUCCAAACCAAUCACACACUCUCCCGAAUCAAGAGAGCACUCCGAGAAAAAACAGAGAGGCUUCUUCAACUAACUACUCUUCCUCCAGUCAGAGGGAUUCCCUCGACCCCACCUUCAGAAACUCUCCCAAUCACAAAGAACUGUCCGAGACAGCCUCUCGAAAAAACAGGGAACACUCAGAGCCCUCCUACAAAAAUUCCACCAAUCACAGAGAUGCGUUAGACUCUGAUAAAAACACUCCUACCAAUCACAGAGACACUUCAGACUUCUCUGAGACAGAUUCUUGUCCCUCCAGUAAGAACUCCAGGUAUGAACCAUCUUCGAGGUACCAUGACUCAAAGCUGAGACAAAAUGGAGAUUAUUCGGUACAGCAGAGGAUGCCCGAGUACCCUCCCGAGGAGUAUAUAGAUCCAGAGCCUGAACGUGAGCUAGAUGGACAGCAGAUAUACUACGCUCUUUACUCCUUCAGUGCACGGUGUGCAAACGAGCUCAGCAUUUCAGCCAAUCAGCAGGUCCGAAUCCUUGAGUUCCAGGACAUGAAUGGCAACCAGGAGUGGUGGCUGGGGGAGGCAGGAGGACGGAAGGGUUACAUCCCAUCCAACUACAUUCGCAAAUCUGAGUACACAUGAGAUGGACAUUUGUACAAGAACAAUCCCCAACUACCCCAGACCUCUACAAACCAACUCAUUACAGGGAGAACACUACAAAAGGACGUUAUUGUGCCUUAACUAUUGAGGAGAUGCACUGAUGUGGUGAACUUGUCAUUGCUACUGAUGAACAAAAAAAAUCCCCUCCAUAUUGACUUCAGUCAAUGAAUGUAACUCCUGACUCCUAGUGGUCAUAGAGGAUGGUGUAUGUGGAAUUUAAAAUAAUGGGAGAGAAAAAAUAAAUAGUUUGGACCGAGAGGCAGAUUGUUGUUGGAUUCAGUGAUCUGACAUGUUCUGUUGUUCUUGGAUACUCCUUUUACAGUGUUUGCACUUAAUUGCUCCGUAGAGAGUGUAGAUCUCUUUUGAUGUGUAGGAGUGGAGUGGAGGAAUUGUAUUGGGCAUGUGCGAUUCACACUGGACGUAGACUGAUGGGAUUGAUAUUCCAGGACUGGCGAUGACAGUGUUGCCUGUAAAUAAGAGUGCAAGAAUGAGUGUUUGUUUGUGGAGUGUUUUGAGAUGUUGCCUUCCUUCAUCUGACAAUCACAGUGCACCUCAAGGGAGAAAAAAGAUUUUACUGGGUUUCAGUGAAUGUGAACAAAAUAAUCCAUAUGAAGUGUUUGGAUUUAUUCCCCAUUGGGGCUCUCAGAUGAUGACAGUAUCACCACUGGUGACCAUAUCAUAUUGCUGAAAAUAUGAAUGAAAUGCAAAAGACACUUUUUGUAAGGUACAGUGUUUUCUACCUUUUUACUUUUUGACAGCAUUAAGUUUGCCACUUGCACUUGAAUGCAUUUACAAGUUAAUAUUGAUGUGUUGAGCCAUUGUGAGGGAGUUCAAGGCACCUGUGAGCUCAUUGCACCAACAGAACUCUGAAUAUUUAUCUCUCAUGCUGUAUAUACUGAGAAUUAACUCCUGCACUCCAGUGUGAACUGAUCCAUUUCUCCUCUUUAAAAUAAAAAAGAAAUCAGUAGAAAAACA